AUGCGCCCCACCGUUGCAGAGCCGCUGUCUCUGCUCGUGGCAGCAGCGGCUGUGCCUUUAGCCUGUGCCCUCGGACAACAGCCCGUCAUCAGCUUCACGAGUGUAUCAGGGGGGUUCCAGUUGGCUGGUGGUGACAUCGAAACUCCCCAGAUUCUCGUCUCGAGCGAUGAUUAUUGGGGUGUAAUUCGAGCGGCUGGCGAUCUAGCCCAAGACUUUGGACGGGUUACUGGAAUCAACUUCACGCUGAGCAACGGUGAAGUACGAGCUUCCCCUGCUGUGUACGAAUAUAAACCCAUCGCCACCAACUACACUGUCUACACGGUGAACGGAACCGAGUACUUUUAUGGGCCCAACUUUACCGAUCCUGCGGCAGCAGAUACCGUCAUUAUUGCCGGCACUCUGGGCCAUUCCAAAUUCAUCGACGACUUGGUAUCCAGCGACAAGCUCGAUGUGUCUGAUAUUGAGGGCCAAUGGGAGUCAUUCGUGACCAAGAUCGUGCACAGCCCAAUCCCAGGCUGCUCGCAAGCCGUCGUCAUUGCAGGGAGCGACCCGCGAGGCACCAUUUUCGGUAUAUACGACAUUAGUGAGCAGAUCGGUGUUAGUCCGUGGUACUGGUGGGCAGAUGUCUCGGUCCGAAAGAACGAGAACAUCUGGUUUUUGUCUGGCGACAAGGUCCAGGCCGCGCCAUCGGUGAAAUACCGCGGUUUCUUUCUGAACGACGAACAACCAGGUCUCUCUGGGUGGGUCGCAAACAACUUCGAGGACACUCUGUAUGGCGUGGGGUAUGGCCGCGACUUCUACUCCAAGGUCUUCGAGGUGCUUCUUCGGCUGCGUGCCAACUACCUGUGGCCAACGGUUUGGGGAAGCAUGUUCGAAGUCGACGACCCUGCCAACCAGCCGCUCGCCGACGCAUUUGAAGUCGUUCUGGGAAGCUCUCACACAGAGCCGAUGAUGAGAGCCCAGAAUGAGUUUGGCAACUUUUACAAACCCUACGGCUUGGGUGAGUGGGCUUAUAACCUCAACAACGAGACCAUCAACAAGUACUUCGAAUACGGCGCCCAGCGUGCAAAGCCAUAUGCCAGAAACAGCUUGUGGACCAUGGGAAUGAGAGGCACUGGUGACACAGCCAUAGAGAACCUGGGAACCGAUGCCAUUGUCAGCAUGCUGGAAACUUUGGUUGCAAAUCAAAGAACAAUCAUCGAAGACGUCCUGGAAAUGAACAUCACUGAUGUGCCCCAGAUGUGGUGUCUGUAUAAAGAGGUGGCAACCUACAUUCUUGACGGCCUCGAAAUUCCUGAGGAUGUUACCCUGCUGUGGGCCGAUGAUAAUUGGGGAAACGUUCGAAGAGUGCCCAUUUCGAACGAGACGAACCGGUCUGGUGGCGCUGGCGUGUACUACCACUUUGACUACGUGGGCGAUCCGAGGAACUACAAGUGGAUCAAUACCAUUCAGCUAGAGAAAACAGCAGAGCAAAUGCAACUUGCCUACGCCCACGGCGCUGACAGAAUCUGGAUCGUCAACGUCGGGGACCUGAAACCCCUCGAGCUGCCAAUCAGCCAUUUUCUCGACAUGGCCUAUGAUGUGAAGCAGUGGACAGUGGACAAUAUUGACGACUGGUUGUCGGCUUGGGCUACUCGCGAGUUUGGCUCGCAAUUUUCUGCUGAUAUCACCGAAAUCAUGACGCGAUAUGGCAUGUACGCGGGGAGAAGAAAGUUCGAAUUGAUCGAGCCAUAUGUCUACUCUGUCGUCAACUACAACGAGGCCGAUGCUGUACUGGAACAGUGGGCCAGAUUGAUGGACGACGCACUGGCUGUCUAUGACCGGCUGGCCGACAACCAGAAGGCCUCCUUCUUCGAGAUGAUUCUGCACCCCAUCCAAGGCGGACAUAUUGUUCACAAGAUUCACAUCGGCGCCGAGAAGAACAUGGUCUAUGCCAACCAACAUCGCAAUUCGGCAAACGACAUGAUGAUGCAAGUAUUCUCAGACUUCAAUGAGGAUGGAAACCUCACAGCCCAGUGGGAUAGUCUCCUGGGUGGAAAGUGGGCGCGCAUGAUGGACCAAACACAUCUUGGCUAUGAUGGGUACUGGCAGCAGCCGAUGCGGAAUGUUGCCCCAGCUAUGGCCUUUGUUCAGCCGGGUGUAACUGCCAUUGCAGGUGCUGUGGGAAUCGCAGUCGAAGGUUUGAAUGCUAGUAUCCCUGGCGAUGACAAGUACCACACAAACUCUGGUGCGAGUCUUACUUUGCCCCCACUUGAUCCAUACGGCGCCGCGAGCCGCUGGAUUGAUAUUUUCUCCCGAGGCACUUUUUCCUGCGACUGGUCGGCUCAGAUUGAUCUAGAAUGGGUCAAGCUGUCCCAAUCGAGCGGGACCGUCGGCCCAGGCAAUGGAACAGACUCCCGCAUCUACGCCUCUGUUGACUGGGCCAACGCUCCGCAAAUUGUGAACAACACCGUUGCCACUAUCAACAUUACCAAUGGCUGCGGACUUCAGGGCUUUCAGCAAUGGUAUCCUGCGCCCAUUGUUCUGCUUCCCAUCAACCUACGCAGCAUCCCGGAAAACUUUACGACUGGCUUUGUCGAGUCCGACAAGUACGUUGCCAUUGAGGGGCCCAACUACCAGCGCAUACACCCCUCUUUGAAUAACUCCUCCAGCAACUCCACCUCUACACUUACCUAUCACACUUUGAAGAACUACGGUCGUACCCUUGGAGGCGUGACCUUGUGGCCGCAAGACACCCCGUCUGUCACCGCCGACUCGGCUCCAUCACUUGAGUAUGACGUAUACAUCUUCACUAACACGACCAAUGUCAACGUGACCCUCUACCUCUCACCAACACAGAACUAUUUGUCUGACCGCGACCCUCUGCAUUUCGCCGUCUCACUCUUCCCCGCCGGCUCAACGCAAGCCACGCCACAAACCGUCCGAUUCAUCGGGGACAGUAUCGGUCAAGACAUGCCGACGUCCUGGGGCUACGCAGUGGGCGAUGCCGUCUGGGGACAUCACCCCAGCCACAACACAACGACAAGGUGGAAUGUUACGCAGGAAGGUGCUUACAAACUCCGUGUGUGGGGCUUGGCUCCCAGCGUGAUUGUGCAGAAGGUGAUCGUGGACUUGGGCGGUGUCAGACCAAGCUAUCUUGGGCCACCGGAGAGUUUCUUGGUUGGCCGCGACAAGGAGGGCGAGUACAAUGGCACGAGUUUCGCGCAGCAGGCUGGUGUGGAUGAUGACCUUUAG